UCCAGUAUAGGGUUAGUUAGUGUUUUAUCGCGUAUUUGGGUUAUUUAACAAAAAAUAUGGUUAAGAGGUGUAGUCACGGACUUUGUAAUAGUGACGACAGGUAUCCUGAAAGGCUAGUUGGUGGAAUUCGAUUCGUACCCUUUCCAAAACCGAAGACCCAGUACGAAAAAUGCCUUCGAUGGAUCAAACUUUGUGGAAGACCGCAUCAUCAACUAAAUCCAUCUAAUAUCAACCGGAACACAUAUGUUUGCACGAAGGUCAGGAGCAGCCAUGCCAUUUGGCUGUUUAACAAUCGGCGAAAAAAAGGAUUAUCACAGUCCUUCAGAUGUGACGGACAAGUAUGACAUGGGUCAAAUUGUUAAAUCGGAGGAGUUCUGUGAGAUAUUCAGAGCCAAGGACAAAAAUACGAUGAGAAUGUACACAUGCAAAAAGUUCCUGAAGAAGGAUGGAAGGAAGGUGCGCAAAGCUGCAAAAAAUGAAAUCCUCAUCUUAAAGAUGGUGAAGCAUCCCAAUAUUCUCCAACUGGUGGAUGUCUUUGAGACUAAAAAGGAAUACUUCCUCUUUCUUGAGCUUGCAACAGGAAGAGAAGUGUUUGACUGGAUCCUGGAUCAGGGCUAUUACUCAGAACGGGAUACCAGCAAUGUGGUGCGCCAGGUCUUGGAAGCUGUCGCCUAUCUCCACUCUCUGCACAUUGUUCACAGAAAUCUGAAGUUGGAGAACUUGGUUUACUACAACCGCCUGAAGCACUCUAAAAUAGUCAUCAGUGACUUCCAUCUUGCCAAGCUGGAGAAUGGAUUAAUCAAAGACCCCUGCGGGACACCAGAGUAUUUGGCACCCGAGGUUGUUGGUAGACAGCGAUAUGGUCGGCCUGUGGACUGCUGGGCGACAGGUGUCAUAAUGUAUAUUCUACUGUCGGGAAACCCUCCUUUCUAUGAUGAGAGUGAUGAGGAUGAUUAUGAAAAUCAUGAUAAGAACCUGUUCCGAAAGAUCCUUGCGGGUGAUUACGAGUUUGACUCUCCAUACUGGGAUGAGAUCUCAGAUUCAGCUAAGAGUCUGGUUGCACGUCUGAUGGAGGUGGAUCAAGACCAGAGACUGACAGCCCAGGAGGCUAUAAACCAUGAAUGGAUCUCUGGUGGUGCAGCUUCUGAUAAAAACAUCAAGGAAAAUGUAUGUGCACAAAUUGAGAAGAACUUUGCGAGAGCCAAAUGGAAGAAAGCUGUGCGGGUCACCACAAUUAUGAAGAGACUGCGAGCAACUGAGCAAAGUAACACAAACGUCUCCAGUCCAUCAGCCAGCGCCACAGUAGACCCCACAGCUCCCGAGGCUGCUGCAGAGCCAUCUGCGCCUUCACCUGCUGCCACCAUGCCACAGGAAGUGCUCACAGAGCUAUACGAGCCAGUUCUCGAGGCCGUAGAUGGGGCACAGCAACAACCGUCGAAUCCACCGCAGCAAGAAGCAGAGCCCAUAUCUCGCUGCAAUGGAGAUACUGCGGCUCCGCUCCAUGUAGGCAGUGAUGAGGGAGAUGGACAGGGCUAGGCCCCCUUUUACCCUUACUGCUGUGACCUCUGCAUACCUGCCAACUCCUGCACACUGUACAUUAGCUGCUAGCAUGGUGAUGCUGACUCUGCUUCUUUCUUACUUGCAGCAUUAUUAUCAUCUGGAGGCUGCGUGUUACCCUUCCCAAGUGCUCUGUGUUGCGUUAGAAUUCUAUUUAAAUGAAAUGCAUCUUAUUUUACUAGCCCCUGGUGUACAACAGAUUCUCUGAAAUAUUAAUAAGUUUGAAGGGGAAGAACAGCUUUGCUGUCAAGUUGUGGCUUAACAAACACUUCUUUCUGUUAUGUCUCUCAGUGAUAAGAAUUUAAGUAGUCUAAAUCAGUGUUGAUUCCUUCAUAAAAGCUGACUCGGAAAUAUCUGUCUGCCAGUAUUUGUUCUUUAAAACAGACAAAAGUUUAAACUUGAGAAUGUUAACUCCCCCCUUGUUCUGUCAUAUCAACAAUACCUAACAGUUACUGACAAUGCUGAAAUACACGAAAAUUUGUACAAAAAAACAAAAACAAUUCGGCCCUUUGCUUACCCCCUGGUCAGGAAAGAACCUCAUAAAGAUUUUGUACAGCGAGAACUUUGUAGAAGUAGCUGAAAAGCAUGCAUUCUCACUUUUUGCUGUUUAUUUUGCAUUUAGAGUGGAUAUAAAAUGUCUACACACCACUUUUCAAAUGACACUCAGAUAAACCAUUUCAAAACCUUUUCCAGCAUUAAUGUGACCAAUAGCCUGUUGAACAUGAUUGAAAAAAAGUACAAAAAUCAUUUGAAAAAAUGUGCUUGCAAAAAUGUGCACAGUUGGGAUGUAGCUGUGUGUGCAGAAUUUAUUUUAUUUCUUGAUGGUUUGUGAUAAAUGGGAGCACAGCUGAUACCUUGCAAAGUGCCUCUUAUUAACCAAAAUAAAACCACAGCAACACAUUUUCCCAAAUGAUGGGGAAUUUUUUUUUAUAGUUCGAUGAAACCAACAUUAAACUUUUUGACUCGAAUUCCAAACGGUCCAUUUGGUGCAAAUACACUACUGCAAUGAAGCACCAUUAGGCUUCUGCUAGAGAGCUAAAAAGAAGGAAAAAAAAAGCAGCCAGAAAGCCCAGAAUAAAUUGAAGUGGAAUGUUUUAGGGGUUUGUUAGAGGCCCUUUAAUUGGUUAGUGCUGCCUAUUUAACAAUAGUUUGAACUCUGAACACGGCCACAUCCCCAGUUUUAAGCAGGUGUGUAGACUUUUAUAUCCACUUGGUGUAUCGAAAAGCACUGGAUCUAACUUUACACUUGACACAUUGUGUGUUGAAACUGUUUUAAGAGUGUCCUUUACUUUAUGUGCUUUUACUCUAUGUGCUGUUUUAUUUUUUUGCCUAGUCAUGUUCACCUUUGUCUGAUUAAAAAAAAAAAAGAGCAGUA